AUGUUACUCUUUCGCAGCAAUAACGUUAUAACGAGUCUCUUGACAAAUUCGAUUUGGACCAGUGGCGCUGGUGUUGCGCCGCAUCUCCGCGGAAAAUCGUUUUGGUCGCGUUUUUCCAAGGAAAGAAACUCCCAACCAAAGAAGUGCAAAUCCAAUGUGCUGCUCACCGAGAAUCCCUGCAGAAGACGCGUGCCGGAUUGUCCGCAAUUCAUCGACACUGGCGAGCCGUCCAAGUGUUUGGAGGAAGGAUAUGGCGAGCCGAUAAAAAUCAAGAAGUCGUGGUACAAGUUUGGAGCGCGACCCGUUGUCAUAAAACAAAAACCCACCAACUGUCCUCCUCCACCAGCCGUUCCACCACCCGAAAAACGAAUAACUUUUUGGGAGUACCUGUUUGGUUCGUCGGAAAAACCAUUGCCGGACCCAAAGACCUGCCGCCUCAACUACAAGUACAACCAGAUAUGCAAUGAAAACGACCCGCGACUGGACGAUCCGCGCUACCAGGAAACAUUGGGCGACGUUUUCAUCUACAGCGAGCCCGAGCGGCUCGAGAUCUGCUUCACUCCGGGGCCGAACAAGCCGAAAUCACCGCCACCGCACAUACCACCGGGAGCCGUGUUUUGCAAAAAGAUCAUCUCCGACUCCCUCACCGACCCCCUCGUCCACCUUGGCCGGUGCGCCUGCACGCCCAAACCGCUGCCCGAGCCCUGCAUGCCAGCACCAUGUCCAAUACACGACAGAUCGUUCGAGCGGCCGUACGAGGAGUUGAGGCCCGCGCGAAGGUCGCGACCGAGGAGGUUCUUCACCUGUAGCCGGGGAAUAGCGAACGAGGACAUGAGCGACCCGCCGCGGUACAACAGCUCGACGUGUGUCAAUCCGAUGAUCUCUGGUAGGAGCAAGUACAGUGGCCCACCGGGUGACGUGGAGAAUUGCGAGUUCCAUGAGGCCCUGAGGCAGCGCGCCGAGACUAUCAGGCGCAACCGCGUCUUCGAGGUUUCGAAUCGGAAGAUGACCAGGUGCGAGAGGCUCAGGCUCAUACAGAUGGAAAAGGAGCGGCCUCUCGGUUUGCGGGAGAAACGAGCGCCCCCUACCUGUGAAUCUAGGUGCCUGGUGCCGGCCGGUGCAGGUGGAGGUCCGUAG